AAAAUGAAUCGCCUUUAAUUCUGUGAAAAUCUCCAAGCGAAAAGAAAAAGAGGUGCAUCAAAAGCAAUUCAAUUUCACAAAUUGCAUAUACUUGUACAUACAGAGAGUUGAUGUCAACAAAUCUUUUACAGCUUGUGGAUGUGCCGGAGAUGGAGUAUUUCGCCAGUCAAAACACUGGGGAGGUGUGCGUGCGCGGUUCUUACGUAUUCCACGGCGUCGCAGUUAUUACAAAGUUCCCGAGAAAACUGCUGAGGCUGUUGACUCUGAAGGCUAGCACCACACGGGCGAUGUGGGCACGUGGCUUCCAAAUGGCAUGAUGCGCAUAAUCGAUCGUCGCAAACACAUUUUCAAGCUAAGCCAGGGCGAAUAUAUUGUACCGGAGAAGAUUGAGAAUAUUUACACUCUGAGCCAAUAUGUAAAUCAGGUGUACGUUUACGGAGAGAGCCUUAAGAGCUGCAUCAUAGCCGUCGUCGUGCCUGAUGUGGAUGUUCUCAAGCAGUGGGCGAACGACAAUCGCGUCAAGGGCAUCAGGAGCGAUAUGCUGAAUUGGGGUAAGCAGAGCGGACUGAAAUCCUUCGAACAGGUCAAGGAUAUACCGGGUGCUUCAAAAAAAUGUAUACACACUUUGAACUUCCAUAGAAAAUUUCUUUACCGGUCUACAAAGUUAAAUUUCAGGAAAAUAGAAAGCUGAAAGUCCAAUGUAAAUGAAACAUAAAUAACAAAUGUUAAUACUGUUCAAAUUGGUGACCUGCAGCAUCAAUACAUUUUUGCUUACCUCAACACCAACAUGCAAAGCGAGGCGGCCACAAUUGAAGAAAACAGUGCGAGAAACCCCGUAGAGGAGUAAGAAGUAAAAUGCGAACAAUUUUAAACUUUAUGCGAAAAUAGAAAAAACAUGUAAUUGCUAUUUAUUUAAUUAGGCAGCAAUUUAAAUUUCUGUAAAAUAGAUAUUUUAAAUACCGGCAUAAAAGCAAACUAUUACCAUUUUAGCCAAAACUAUUCUUCAGGUACUAAAUACAAUUUUAUUAGAAAAGAGUAAUCAAAUGUAAAUAUUUACUAAUUUAUGUACAUAACAACUAAAACGUAAACUUUUCUUAUAACUAAACUAAUUAAUGUAUAUA